AUGGCCAACCCCCAUCCCGGUCCCGUGCUCCGAGAAGAAGAAAUCACAACAAGCAAAUAUGCAACUGACCCCCGGCCUACAGUAAUGGAAAGGGCGUUCCCUUCUCUCAAUCUUCGACCCAGCCGUCGUGGCAGAUGCCUUUUCCCCGCCUGCAAUGCAAAGGCACGUUUGUUCGGGACUCUCAUCAGGCACUUGCAACAGGCCCACAACAUACGACCAAUUAAUCAAGCAAACAACUGGAGGGUAAUUAUGCGUAGAGUUGGCCUCUGGUGUUUCUGCCAUGUUUGCAGUCUCCCUCUGAAAAGCGAGACUCACUGUCUGGCCAAUGUACACCAGUUCCCUUGCCUGUACCCAGGCACGCCAGGUUGA